AUGUUUCUUCUACUUUUCUUGGUGACUUUUUGCUUGGCGCAAUUCCGCCCAGAAUGUCUGAUUCCUCUGCAUCACGGUGUGACUAACUGCUCGAAUUCUUCAUCAAUUCGUUAUCAUUUGGACUCGGAAACCAAAACAUGUCUCGCUUUCAAAUAUACUGGAUGCGGUGGAAACUCGAACAAUUUCAAAACUCAUUCUGAAUGUCAACAAUUUUGUGUUGCAAGUAAGUUUGAAUAACAGAUGAAUUUGGAGAAAACUGAAAUUCUUCAGUGGAUUAUUUCGAAUGUCCUCGAUCUUCUGCUCCACUCAAAAACAAUGAUGGAACCAAUCUUUGUUGGACAGAAGAACAUUCAGAUUGCGACCAUCCGGAAGCAUACUGUGAUCGCGGUGAACAUGUCGGAUUUUGUUGUAACGCUACUUUAAGAGGUGAAAAUGUUGUUUGGCUUCCGGAAACGUUUCUCACAAUUUAUAAAUAAUGCGAAUUUCUCAACAAAAUAUUUGUCGAAAAAUUACAAUAAAAAUAUAUCGGGAAAUUAACAAUUCAAAUGUUGAAUCAAAGUCGCGAAGUCCCCAUUAACCAAACUUGAAUUCCAAGGCAAGGUAAUUCAAAUUACUUUUUUCAAAAAAAACCACCAAGGAAUUGGGAGGGACCAGGAAUCCCCUCAACCUAAUUAUUCCAGACCUCCAAAAUCAAGACUACUCACAAGGGAACCUUUUUUACUCAACACUUCAAAUCAUGA